AUGAAUGGAGAAAAAAAUGAAAUAUUGAUAGAGAAUAAAAAUAUAUUAGAUGAAAAAAUGAAAAAAGAUAAAAUAAAUUUUAAACGUAAAAAAAGUAAAGCAAAUUAUAAAUUGGUAUCACAAGAAAAAAAAAAAUAUUUAAAAAAUAAGAAAAAAAAGAUAAAAAAUAAAACCAAAAAAAAGUUUAAAAAUCAAAAUAUUUCUAUACAAAAUCGUAAUUUGAAGAAUAUUCAUCAAAUAGAUAUAAAUGAAAAAAUAAACAAUAAUGAAGAAGAAUCAAAAAAUUCAGAUAUAAGUCUUGACGAAAAAAAAAUAUCAGAGUCAGUUGUUACUAAAGAAAAAUUAACUACACUUAAAAUAUUAAAUGAUGAGAAAGAUAUUAAUAAAAACUCAAUUAUGAGAGUAAAUGAACUUUUGACACUAGAUAAUUCUAAUGAUAAUAAAGAUGAUUCUUCAAAAGAAAUCAUAUUAUAUAAUGAAAAUAAUGAACAUAUACGAAAAAGUACUAAUUUAGAAUGUAUAAAUAACUUUGGAGUUUUAGUUAAAGUCAAAAAAGAUAGAAAUUCUUUUCUUAAAAAUAAUGUGGAAGUGAAAAACGUAGAAGAAAAAAAGACAGAUGGUAGUACUAGUUUUAAUCUAUUAAAAGAAGAAUGGGAAAAAGAUGAAAAAAUAAGCACCUCUAAGCAAACAAAUGGAAAAUAUAAAAAAGGUAAGCUAUUAAACUAUAAUAAUAAAAUUGAAGAUAAAAAAAAUAUCAGCAUUGAGAAUAAUUGUAAUUUAAAAAAAGAAGAAAUUAAUGAAUAUUUUAUUAAUGAAUCAUGUUCAAAAAAAAAAGAAAGUUUUUUUGAUAUUAUGGAAAAUUUAAGAAACAAAUCUAAUAAUGAUAAAAAAAAAACAGAUACCUUUUUUAAAAAUGAUUACAAAGAUAAUAACAAUAGUGAACAAAGUUUGAAUGGAAUUGAAGAAAAAAAAUUAAAAGAAAUAAUGCAAAACGUAUCUUUAGACAAAAUAAUUAGUGUUCUAAAAAAAAUAUCAAUCGAAGAAUGCAUAAAUAUCUUAAAUUACUUAGAUGAGGAAAAGACUACUUUAAUAAUAGAAAAAUUAUCUAUUAAUCAUUUUAAACGCUUAAUAAAUUCUAUAAAAGAAGAAAAAAAAAGGCAUUUUAUUAUAGAAAACUUAAACGAGGAGAAAUUGGUUAAUUUUUUUUCUCCUUUUAAAAAUAAUAUAGAAACGGCAAAAUAUUUCAACUUUUUAUCAAUAGAAAAAAUUGAAAAAAUAAUAAAGUUACUUGAUGUAGAUAAUUAUAAAAAUUUUAUAUUAUUAUUUGAUCAAGAUAAAAUUAUAGAAAUUAUAAAUCAUAUAUCUACUAAUAAUUCUUUAGGAAUUUUAUUAAACUUACCCCAAAAUAAAUUAAUAUAUAUAUUUAAUCAUAUAAAAGUUGAAAUUGUUAUAAAACUAAUAAAUGCUAUUCCAUCAUGUAAAUUUUAUUAUAUAAUAGAAUGUCUACCAUUAGAAAAAAUUAGCUCAUUAUCUAAUAAAAUCUCCUAUGAAAAGUUAUAUAUUCUUCAUAAUUCUUUGUCUAUUAAAAAUAUUCAUUUUAUUACUAAUAAUUUAUGUUUAACUACAAUUAAUAGACUUUUAAAUGAGUUACCUUUAUAUAAAACUAUUAUAAUUCUUAAAAGUUUACCACCUAAAAAAAUAGCAGAUUCAAUUAAUCUAAAUUCCUCCUUUAAUUUAGUUGAAAUAUAUAAAUCUUUUAAUUCUGAUGAAAUAAUUGAGAUAAUGAAUUAUUUAAAUGAUAAAAAUAUAGAAAUUUUAUUAAACAAAUGUGAAUUAACAAAAAUUAUUCAUUACAUUAAUUAUGUUUCAUUAGAUAAAUUUACAUCUAUUAUUGAUAGGAUACCUAUAAAUUUUUUAGUAAAAAUUAUGAAUGAGAUAUCUAUUAAAAAACUCGGAGAAAUUUUCAUUUUACUACCUGAAAAUAAAAUUGUAUCUUGCCUAAAUAAUUUACCACUAAAAAAUAUACUAUGCGUUUUAGAAAAGUUACCAACAAAAAAAUUAAUAAGUAUUACCAUGAGGGUAGACAAAAAAGAUAAAAUGUGGAAAGAAACUCAGAAGAAAUUGAUUAAUUUAUUAAGUGAAAGUAAUAUUAUUCUUAUUUUAAAUGAAUUAAAUAAUAAAGAAUAUAAUACAUUUUGUAAACUUUUAUCUAUAGAUAAAAUAGAAAAAAUCAUUAAUAUUUAUAACGAUUAUAAAAAAGUUUCACUUUUAAUUUUGAAUUUGCCUAUUUAUAAAAUAAAAGAAAAUCUCCAAAAAUUAAGUAACGAAAAUUCAAAUAAUAUAAUGAAAUAUUUACCAAACUAUAUUAAUGAUCAAAUUAAAUCUUAUACAUCUAAAAAGGAAAUUAGCAAAAUACAAUUUAUAUUUAUUGUAUGUAUAUUACUAAGAUUAAAAGAAAUGUUUAAUAAUCCUAAUGUUAUAAAAAAUGAAAAAAAUAAUUUCUUUAAUUUUAUAAUAAAAAGGAAAAUUGAUGAAAUAAUUUAUAGUAUAAAUAUGAAAAAUUAUCAAAAGUUUUUAAACAAUGUUUCUUGCAUAAAAAUUAUAGAAAUAGAAGAUGGCAUAAAUAAUAUAUUGAAUAGAAAUAUCUACAAUGAAAAUAAUAUAAUAGAUUAUAUUUUUAUUUUUUUUAAUUUUGAUCAUAAUGGAAAUUAUAGAGAAUCUACAAACUCUAAAUUAUUAGAUAAAAAAUAUAAUGAAAAAAAUGAUAUGUUUAAAGAAGAUACUUUUUGUAAUAGUAGUUGCAAAAAAAAUACCAAGUGUAAUUAUUUUAAAAUAAUAAAAGAAGAUAGUUUAAAUUUUAAUAAUAUAAAAGAUGUAAAUACCUCAUUAAGAAAUAUUGUAUCAUCUCAUAAGGAAAAAAAGAAAAUUUUUACUAAAAGAGUUUUAAGAAAAUCUAUAAAUAAAAAAAUGAAAGAUAAUUUCUGUGUAUUUUUAAUUCAUUUAAUUUCCUUAAUAAAAAAACAUAUUGAAGAAACUCUUUUAUUAAAUAGUGAAAACUAUAUAUGUAGCAAUAAUAAAGAAAAUAUGAAGAAAAAGACAUUAAAUGAAUCAUAUAACAGUUUUUCUUUAAAAAAUAAAUCAGCAAAAUAUAGUAAAAACACUGAUGAUAAUUUCAUUAAUGAUGAAGUUAUUAAUAGUGAUAUUCUAAGCUUAAAAAAAGUGGAAUAUAGAGAAGAUAAACAUAAUAAAUUAAUUUUUAAUGAGGUAAUAAAAAUAAUGAAAAAUAUUUUUUAUAGUAUUAAAAAAAUUAGCAAUAUGGAAAAUUCAUUAUUUGUUAUAAAAAAUAUAUCAAUUGAAGAUAUUAUUAAUGGAAAUAUAACUUAUUACAAAAAUGAAACAAAUAAAGAUGAAAUCUACAACAAUAAACUUAAUGAAAAGAAAUUAAUACCUUUUAAUGAAAAUUGCGACAAAAUUUAUAACAAAAUAAAAGAAAAAGAUAUAGAUAAUAUUAAAGAAAAUAAUUUUUUAAAUGAAGAAAAGCUUAACAUGAGUAAUGAAUCAAUGGAAUGUUUUCAAAAAAAAGAAAUUUUAAAAGGAGAAAAAAUAAUGAAAAAAAUGAAAAUUGAAGAAUUGAAUAAAGAAGAUAUUUCAAAUAAUGAAACUAAGGAAUAUAGAACAAUAAAAAAUGAAAUGAGGAAAAUGAAGGAAGUACAAAAUCAAAAAAAAAAUAUAGAAAUAGAAAAAAUAAAUAACGAUGGAGUAGAUUUUUAUAUUUUACACAACAAUAUAUUAUUACAUAAUAAUAAAGAACAGUCACAAUAUUUGAACAGUUAUUUAAAAGACACAGCUUGCCAAGAGGAUGUUUUGUUAAAAAAUAGUAUAGAAAAUUGUAUAAAUAGUAUAAAAAAUAUAGGAAAUGAGGAAAUAAAUUCUUAUAAUGAGAAAUUAGUUACAGAAAAUGUUUACAGUAGGGAUUUAAGUAAAUCUAGUAUCAAUGAAAAUUUAAAUGAAAGUUCUUGUAAAAAAAAAAUAAAAUAUGAAAAGUUUUCUCAUAAGAAUUUUUCUAAAUUCCAUAACAUGCCAUCCUCUAUUAAUAAUUCAGAUUAUUUGAUGGUUGAAGAUAAUGAUUAUCUUAAUAAUAAAAGAAAUUCAGAAAACAAAAAAAAAAAAAUUUCAACAAAUAAAAAUAUAACUAGUAUAUUCCAUUUUCUAAAGGAAAAAAAAAAUAUCUUUUGUUUAAAGUUUUUAUUUGUAUUAAAUGAUGUUCAUUUAGAACAAUGUAAUAAUAUAACAUUAUGCUUAAAUUUUUUUUUUUCAAAAAAAAAAAUAUUUUUUAAUAAAUAUAAACAUAAAAUGUUAGGUAGUUCAUUAAAUAUACAUAUUAAUAAAAAUGGAUAUGAAAAAUUCAUAAAUAUUUCCCCUAACAGUAACGAUGUAUUUUAUUAUAUUAAUUCCAGUAUUGUUUCAUUAAGUAUUGAAAAUAAUGAUACAGUUAAAAAUUUUAAUUCAAUAAAAACUAAGGAUUUCUUUUCUAAACCAUUUUUUAAAAAAAAGUGUUCCUUAAAUUAUGAGAAUAAUAAUAUAAUUAAUAAUAAUUCUACUGAUUUCAAUUAUUCUAGAACAGUUAAUACAAAUAACUUAAAUGGUAAUAAUAAAGAAUUAGAUAAAGUAAUUCAUGAUGAUUUAGACUCAAAUAUUAUUUUAUCAUGGAACUCAAAAGAACUUGGUUACAUUAUUUUAGAUUCAUACAGUUCUUUAUAUGUAAAUAUUAAAGAUUCUUCUAACCUUUUUUUUAUAAAUAUAAACAGAAUUAAUUAUAAUAUGAAUAGAAUAAUUCCUUCCAAACAAGGUAACUUAUUUUUUUUUAAAAACAGUAAAGAAAAAAUAAACUUUAGAAAAAUAAAAACUAUGUUUUUACGUAUAUUAGACAAAAAAAACUCAAAUUUAGUUACAAAAAAAGCAUUAGAGGAAAACAAAAGUAAAUUAGAAGAUCAAAGUCAAUAUGUAGAAGAUAAAACUGUUUUAAAUGAAAAUAAAAAUUAUUUAAAUAAAUGUAAAAUAGAUGAAAAUAUAGAUCAUUUAAAAAAAGGAAAAUUAAAAUAUGAAAACAAUUUUAAAUAUGAAGGAGAAAAUAUAUAUGAAAAUGAAAUAUAUUUUGGUGAUGAAAACACAUAUUAUAAUGAUGAUAAAAAUAUAUUAAAUGAAAUUCAAAAAUAUUCAUAUAAAGAAAAUUACAUAAAAAAAGAAAUAAAUGAAGAAAAUAAUAUUAUGAAUAAAAACAGAGAGUAUCUUAACACUAUAAAUAAGGUUGAAAAUUUUGAAAGUACAAAUGAAAAAAAUUUCGAAGAACAUACUACUGAUAAAAUAAAUAACAUUGAAUUUAAUAUUAAUAAUAACAAAUUAUGCUUAAAAAAUAAAAAAAGUGUUCAUACUAAUAAUUUUAACGGUAUUCUUAUAGAAGAAAAUAAUGUAUCAUCAGAAAAAGAAGAAUUAAUUAAUAAGCAAAUAAUAAAAGAUGGUAAUAUAAAUACAAAAUCUUCCAUUUCAUUAAAUGAAAGUGAAAAAAGAAAAAUAGAAAAUGUGAAAAAUGACAAUCUUAAUAAAAUUAUUGAAGAAAAAUCAAGUGAAGUUACAAGUUGUUUCAACCCACAUAACCAUACUUCUGAUAUUAGCUAUACAGAUGAUGAAUUUAAUAUAAUAUUAUAUUUAGAAAAACGAAAAAAAAAAAACAACGAAAGGAUGUUAAAAGAAAAAAAAAAUUUACAAAAUAAAAAAAAAAGAAAAUAUUUUAUUUCAUCAAAUUUUGCUGAUAGUAAAAUACUAAAGUUAAAAUUGCUGUCUCUUAUUGAAAACUCCUUAUGCGAUUAUAGUGUUAAAUUAAAUGAUAUGGAAAACGAAAAAAAUAGUUUAGUAGAUAAAAAAGAUUAUAAUCAUUAUUCAACAAAAAAUUUAGGAACUUGUAAUUUUUCAAAAGCAAAUUUAGCCAUUAAUAAUUUUAAUGAAAAUUGUGAAAAAUCUUCUAACUUACUUUUAAUUGACAAUAAAUGUGAAGAAAAAUUAUCAAUAAAAGAUAUAGAAAAAGAUGUUGAUGAAAAAAUUUUAAUAAAUGAAAUAAACAAUAAUAUUUCUGUAUGUGAUGAUAAAAAAAUUUUAAUAAAUGAAAUAAACAAUAAUAUUUCUGUAUAUGAUGAUGAAAAAGUUAAAAUUAUUGAUGAAAAAAAAUGUAAUAAAAAAAAAAAUAAAAAUGAAAUUCCAUUUUUUCAUAAUAAUAACUUAAAAAAACUUUUUAAUAAAAGAGAAAAAAUCUUUCCUUUUAGAGAUGAAUCAAUUGAUUUCAAGCAGCUACCAAUAUGUGAAAAUUCUAUAAAUGUAGAAAGUUUAAAAAGUAGUGUUGAUUUUAAUGAGGAAAAAGAAAAGAUAUAUGAAUUAAAAAAUGAAACAUUAUAUAAUUCUUUAAAUGAUUCAGAAUAUAAAUCAUUAAACAACACUACAAAUUAUUUCACAGAUAAAUCAGUUAAAAGUUCUUUAAAUAGGUCAGCUAUAAAUAUAAAAAAUAAAUCGUUAUAUAAUUCAAAUACUAUAAAGGAAAUUCCUGAAAAAUUAGAAAACAUAAAUAAGUUAGAAAAAAUAUCAAAUAUAUCAAAGAAUCAUUUAAAUGAAUCGAUAAAUGAUCAUAGAAUUGAAUCCUUUACAAAAUUAUUUCGUGAAUCAGAUAGAUCUGUUUAUGAUUCUGUUAAUGAUUCUAUAAGUAGCAAUAAUAUAAACGAAAAAAAAAAUGAUAAUAUAAUAAAAAAGAAAAUAAGUAAUUUAUUUAAAGAAAAAAAAUUGAAUAAUUCAAAUAUGAAAUCACUUAAAUUAGGAGAUUUUAAUAUAAAUAAUAGGUAUGAAGAAAAUGACACCAACCCAUUAUUUUUUAAAGAUAUUAAAAAAAAAAAUGUAUUGAAUAUAAAAAAAAUGGAUACUUUUUCAUCCAUGAAAUCAUUGGACGAGAUAAAAGAAAAUCAAACUUUAAACAUAAAUGAGGAAUUAGCAAAACAUAAUAUUGAAGAAAUAAGUUUAAUUAAAAAAAAAGAAAACUACUUAAGAUAUUUUCCAAACUCUAAUACAAAAAACUUAUUAAGUAAUGCAGAUAAUAUGAAAGAUAGAAUUGGAUUUUUAAAUUUACACUGUUUAUUUGAAAAUAAAAGAGAAAAUUUUUACUUAAUUAGUGAAGGAUGUGCUAAAGCUAGUAAUUAUAUUAAUGAUAAAAUGCUAGUUCAUACUAGAUUUUAUAAAGAAAUUUUUCAUUUAAAAAGUGAUGAUAUGUGCCUAAAAAAAUCAAUUGAUAUUUCUAAUCAUUCUAAUGAAAAUGAUAUUCUUUGUUUACAUAAAAAAAAAAAGAUAUUAUGCAGCAUAUGUGGAGAUAUUCUUAAAAGAAAUUUAUUAAACGACUUACUCUUUUUUAAAAUAUCUAUAAUUGACAAGAAAUCAUUUUUUUUAAAGCAUUUAACUAUUAAUAUAUCUUAUGAAAGCCCCUUAAUUAAAGUACACUUUACUGAAAAAGAUUAUAUUAGGUAUUCUUUAGAAAAAAAUUUUAAAGAAUAUAAACUGAAAAUUAUAGCUAUAAAUAGAAAAAAACUGCACAAAAAAUUCUCUUUGUCAAAAUCUAGAUUCUUGAGAAAAUGCUUAGAAAUUGAAUUAACAAAUAAUUUAGCAAAUAUAAAAAAUUUAACUGAAAAUUGUAUACCUAAUGAUUUUAAAAAUUCAAUUGAAAAAAGUUUUGAAAAUAAUAAGGAACAUAUAGUUACAAAGGAAAAUUUGUCUUAUGAGCAAAUAGAAAAUGAAUCAAAAAUAUUUUCAAAUUUAAAUCAAACAAAUGAAUUUGGUUGUUAUAUAUGUAAUUCGUAUUUAGCUGUUCUCAAUUUUAGCAUUCUUGAUGACAAAAAUAAAAGAAAAUAUGACAUUGAGAAGUUUGUUGUUCCUUCGAUUUUAUUGUGUACGAAUGGGUGA